AUGAGCGGACAGCUGGGGCCGGCGCGGGGCCGAGGUCUGGGCGGAGGGCUGGCUGGCAGCGGCUGGGGCCGCGAGCGGGGAUCGCGGCGUGGAGGUGCUAGCAGACGCGGGCGGCGGCGAGUCCGGAGACCCCGGGCCAGAGCCGAGCUAACCGCAGUCGGGACCGGGGCCCAGAGCCGCGGCGGCUGCGGCCGGAGGACGAUGGCAGCGCCCGCCGGGGCCGGGGCACUGAUUGCAUCCCCAGACCGCAGGCGCUGGCUGUGGUCGGUGCUUGCGGUGGCGCUCGGACUCUUGACUGCUGGUGUAUCGGCACUGGAGGUGUAUACACCAAAAGAAAUCUUCGUGGCAAAUGGGACACAAGGGAAGCUGACAUGCAAGUUCAAGUCUACUAACACGACCGGCACGUUGACCUCAGUCUCCUGGAGCUUCCAGCCAGAGGGGACUGACACCACUGUGUCGUUUUUCCACUACUCCCAAGGGCAAGUGUAUGCCGGGAAUUAUCCACCAUUUAAGGACAGAAUCAGCUGGGCUGGAGACCUCGACAAGAAAGAUGCAUCAAUCAACAUAGAAAAUAUGCAGUUUAUACACAAUGGCACCUACAUCUGUGAUGUCAAAAAUCCUCCUGACAUUGUUGUCCAGCCAGGACACAUUAGGCUUUAUGUUGUAGAGAAAGAGAUUUUGCCCGCGUUUCCAGUUUGGGUGGUGGUGGGUAUAGUUACUGCUGUGGUCCUAGGUCUCACUCUGCUCAUCACCAUGAUUCUGGCUGUCCUCUAUAGAAGGAAAAACUCUAAACGGGAUUACACCGGCUGCAAUACAUCAGAGAAUGUGUCACCGGUUAAGCAGGCUCCACGGAAGUCCCCCUCCGACACAGAGGGUCUAGUAAAGAGCCUGCCUUCUGGAUCUCACCAGGGCCCAGUCAUAUACGCGCAGCUAGACCACUCUGGCGGACAUCACAGCGACAAAAUUAACAAGUCAGAGUCUGUGGUGUACGCGGACAUCCGGAAAAAUUGAGAAGACCCCAGUCAUAUCCUAAGCAAGAAACAAAUCCAAACUGGACUCUUGUGCAGAAAAUGUAGCUCAUAACCAUGUGUGGCCUUGGAAACCUGGACAUGGACAAGCACAUGUUUAUUCAUAGAGGGAGAAAAAGAAAUGUAUAAAGGAUAUGUAUAAAUAUUCUAUUUAAUCUUCCUGAUGCGAGGAGCCAGUAUUGCAUGAUGAAGAGAUGGUAUGAUUCUAAGUAUACGUAAAUUGUCUGUUUUUGUACUUCCCUUCAGGGUCAUUUACAGUUGAGAAAAUUCAGACACAAUCCUAUCACCAUCAUUUAGAUGUGGUUUGCCUUAAGGGAGAUGGUAGCAGAUCUUUUAGUAUUCUAAUAGACAUGGCCUUUUCACGUAAGGGCUUAACCCGCCUUCGCGUUUAUUGUACAUGGAGAGUGGAGAUGCUAUGAUGGAAGCAUGUUCAGGGUGGCCUUUAGCCCAGGGUGUACCACCUAUUUGGCGGUUGUUUUUAGAAGGCAUCCAUUCACUAUGCCACUUGGAGACAGGGUGAGAGUUUUUGUUGCUAUUUUGCUCUCUAAAAUACAGGGCAGUUUUUAGCUUUCAGUGUUGUGUAGACUAUAACAUCACACCCUGUAAGCAUAUUGUCUCAAUUUGUGGAUUCAUCAUAGCAAGAUUAGCAAAGGAUCAGUGCCGGAAGUCACUUCCUUCCAGGUGCUUUUAGAUCAUUACCAUAAUCAAUACAUAAUUGAAGUAGAGAACCUAGGCCUGGCUUGAGGAGUACUGUACCAUUUGGAGAGCAAAAAGUGUGUUACAUUCUUUGCUCAAGUCCUUCGUACUUGUAAUAAGAGUCCCCAUACACCUGAAGGAGCUGAGUUUCAUUUCCUUUUAAGUAGGCAGAAAUGGAAUAAUUAGAUUGCCAGUCUCCAGUAUCACAGAGCUCUCUCUAGAGAAUCUUCUAUAUAAAGCUUCAGUCAUGCUUCCAGCAGGGGCAGCAUCAGUCAUGGCUUCUAUAAUAGAUUCAUGAUGCCUCCAAGGCCUUUGAGGCUAAAAAGGGUCUAGAUUUUUAAACUCAGCAAACAAGGCUAGUACUUCUACGUUGGGAAUCUCUUCUGUUUCUGGUUUUUUGUUCUUUGUUUCUCCCUUCCUCCCUUCCUUUUUUUUCCCCCACCCCCAUUACAUGGAAUUGAUAAACAAUGAGAUGAGGAGAAAUCUAGACAAUUUGGGCAUCCUUCUCAAUUUAUUUUCUCCCAUUGACCACCGCCCCCAACACCCCAUCUCAAACCUAUGUGUUUUUUUAACUCAGACUGAAAAGCAUGGUGAAAAUCAUUAAACACUUAUAUUGUCA